UCUUGCAUAAUAAUAAAUAAAAUUUAAAUUGUAAAAAAAAAAAUUGCUAAAUUUUCAGUAAUAAAUUAAAAAGUGCAGCUGUUACUUUAAACUAACACGAAAAACCUAGCAAAAUGCUUGUAACCACCUACCAACACGACUACGUGCCGCCCUACACCAAACGCUAUGAGUUCGUCAAAAAGCUAGACAAAGCCGAAAAAGAGAAAGAGGAGUGUCAAUGCAUUGACACAGCAAAAAUCGAAGUGCCCAAAGCCGCGCAAGAGAAGUGCGAAAGCACCGCGGAGUGGACUGGCAUUGCACCGAUGGGACGACUCAUCGAACCACGCAUCAUACCGACCAAACUGACACCAGAACAAGCCGACAACUUAGCCAAAGACACGGAUGGUGAUUGCUUUAAAGCGCAACCGAAUCGUUUUUUGCAAAUACUGCGCACUGCCUAUCCGGAUUUGUAUGAUCGCCUGAAGCAAAUGCCUAAAGAUGAGUUGAAUAGACGUUUGGAGCGUCAACGGCUCUUUACCACAUAUCAAAUUGAUUAUUGUAAUAUGAACGAAUAUCCGGAGGGUAUAUAUGAGAGUCUCAAAGAGAAGGAUGACACCGCUAAACUCAACGCAACGAAAUUACUGCAGAAAGUGGGCGCUUGCGAUGUCUUCCGCGCCAAUGUAAUGAAGGAAUUGGACAAUCAAACACCUAAUCCAACCAUCACAGAUCCCUGCGAGCACGCGUACAAGCCGUUCAAGAUCUCCUUUACGGACAGCGCACGUUUCAUAAAUAGUGGCAAUAAUUCGCAUUGGCGCAGCAAAGCGUUUGUGACGCGCACCAACUUCUCCGAGUAUAUGGAAACGAUUAGCCGCAAUGGUUGUGUUAUUAUGAAAAAUAAUAUACAUGAUCACAGCAAGUGCGGCAGUAAUGGCAAACACUGCCGUCAUCCGCUGCUUAAUAUGUGCAUAAAUCAUGUGCGCUGAGUGCAGAGUGUGCGGAAUGCUGAACUCAAGUUUUUAACGUGUUUUAUUUUUUGCUUUAUACAUAUGCUUGAUAAGUGUCAGCAGUGUUGUCACUAUUGUCGGAGCGACUGUGAAUAUUUUUUGGUUGACAGUUUGGUUAAUGCGACCUUGCAGUUUAAUUCCUAAGGCUAUGUACAUAUGUAAACUGCUGGAUAUUCAAGUUGCAAUUACACUAUUCUGCUCAAUGUUAUGGCACUAAGGAAAUUUUAGUAAAAUUUUUAGAAUAACAAUAUUUUUGAAAAAAAAAAUCGAAAAGGGAUUUGAGUUUAAAUAAAUUGUUAAACUAAUAUUUUGGAUUAAAGUUUGUUUAUUAUAAGAUUAUUUAAUGCUAGCGACAUACG